GCGCUUUAUUUUCUUGUUUUGUUCAUGUCAACAGGUUAAAUGUACAAUAAACGUAUUUCAUUGUUGCGCGCGAUGCUAAAUAUUGUAAAAGUGUUAAUUAAAUGAGUGGUUCGAGAUAUGUUUACAUGAUAUUUAUAUAAGCUUCUAGAAUGGCUCAAACACCACAUGGUUGUCGGUUCCCCCCAACACCACAAUUAUCUGCUAGGAAAAGGGAGCUGUUUCCUAGCCCUCUAAACAGAAAACAGCCUUUUGGUUCUAUCCUCUCUGAAAUUGAUACAAAUACACCAAGGCGAUCUACUCGUAUUGCUAAUAAUAAACUUGUGACAGUUUGUGAGGCAGAUGAAACUACACCUUCAUCCAGACACUUAUAUUUAAGUGAUAAUUCUUCAGAUUUAGGACAUAUGAGUCCACUGGAAUUGAGUUCGAGUCCAGACCGUUAUGAUUCUCCUUUCCAUAACACCCCUUGUUUAGAUACACCUUCUGCACUUCUGGCUCGACCUAGAUUUUUUGCUAAGAAGGGCAAAGAUAUUUCUGAAUAUACAAGUUUUGAAGAUCUUGCUAGUAAAAUUGAUGAUGAUGAGGGAAUGCCAUUGGUGGAUGUAAAUCCUGAAACUCCAAGAAAAAGUUUUUCUGGUAUAUUUGUUAGGAAAGAUCCUUUGCAUGACAAAGAAAAUAUUGAGAAUCGAAAUAUUAACACCAUAUAUAAAGAAGAUAUUGAAUCAAUAUUGGAUGAAGACAGUAUAGUACCUGAAACUCCAGAGAAGCAUUCUCCAAGUGCUAAUUUGAGGACACCACAUGAGAUUUCCUUUGAGAAUGUUGAACCACCUAAGUUGUAUCAUAGAAAGUCUUUAACUGAAGUGAGCUCAUCGAAUGUGAAGGAGAAUGUGUCUAAACUGAAAAGACACUUGUCGAAGGAUUGCUUUGAUACUGUUCAAAACAAAGUGCCUAAGUUAACAGAACAAGCUCCUAAGGCAAGAACAUCUUUGUUCUCAACUAAAUCAUUUUAUCCACAAGUACAAAGAGAGAGUACAAUGUCUUCAAAAAUUACUAAUUAUUUUGGUUCCAUCAAGAAUGAUGAUUUAACAAAUAGAUCACAUGCAAGGAGAUCUCAAAAUCAUCGAGUCAUCAGAAAAACCAGAAAGGAUGGUCAAAUUAAUUUGGGUGUACAACAUAAAAUUCGUAAACCAAAACCCAAGCGCCCAAACACAACCCAAUUGCUCAAAGCAGCUUUAAAUAUUAUGGAUAAUUCACCUUUAAAUAGUUAUCUGAAUAAUUCAUUUACAACUGAAAAUAUUAAUGGUACUGAUAAUAACCCACUAGCAACAAAUUCUAAUAAUAAUCAAACACUCAAUACAUCUUUUAAUAGUUGUUUUUCUGAAAAAACUGUACAUAGAAAUCCUGUGAAUGAAUUUUCUAUAUCUCUAAAUAUUACUGAAAAUGAUAAUUCCAAUGAAGAAAAUGAGGAAAAUCGUCCAGCAAGAAAGUUCUUCAAGAGUAAAAGAUCACUUGCAAAUAAAUUAGUUAAAUUACAAGAUAAUUUGAUUAUAAAUAUCAAAUCAAAAAAUGAUAAAGAAAAGGAAGUUAACAAAAGUGCUGACUUUAGUUUUAAUACUAGUGACUCAUUCAAAGAGGCUGAUGGUGAUUUGACCAAAGUGCAGAGCGAAGUUGAAAAGUUGCUCUCUGAAUGGAAAGAUUCUGAUGAAUCAUGGCAAGAAGAAACUGCAAAUCGAAUUUUAGAUAAUGAGGAUAGUUUGGUGCUUGAUUGCCAAAAACUAUCCAUCAACAAUAACAAUGUUGAUGCAGGUUUAUUAUCACCUACAAGCCAAUUGAGCAAUAUGACCUCAGUUAUGGCUUUGGAUAGUCCUGCCAUUGCCUCAAAUGCAUCAACUGAACAGACGAAUAAUAAUAAUAAACUAUAUCCAUUGUUCUAUAAAGGAUUUGAUGGUGGUUCAGCAGAUGUUUAUGAUAAUUCUUUUAAAAAAACUCGUUCCAAGAAGAUGUGGAAACCUCAUAAAAUUCCUCAAUAUCAGUUGGAUGCUGGUCAAAAGAAAAUUGGACUGACUUAUUGUGCAGAAUGUGAUUUUGUAUAUGAGGUUGCUGAUCCAGAUGAGGAAUUGUUUCAUUACAAUUAUCACAAUUCCCUUCAUAUUCUCAACUUUAAAGGCUGGAAGAAUGAGAGCGUCAUAAGCGUUCUAGUGAAUGUUGGCCGUGUUAUUCAUAUCAAAUGUAAUUCUCCUAAAUCCUGGUUCAACAGAGUUCAACAAGUCCUAGAACUUGUUGAUAAUGAAAUAGGAGCUUUCUCUGAACCAUUUGAACUCGAUGAAUCAUCUCAAGUGUAUUUGAUGGCCAAUGCCAAACAAAUCAUUGGAAUCUUGUUAGCAAAGACUUUGAGUAAAGCACAUCGUAUGAUCAGCAGCAUUGACAGUAUAGAUUUGUGCACUGAGGAAUCAUUUGAUGUCAAAUGUGGUAUCUCACGGCUUUGGAUCGCGCCCCCUUUUCGCCGAAAAGGAUAUGCAACACAUAUGUUAAAUGCCAUGAGGUGCAAUUUUAUGUUUGGCAAAGUUUUAGAUUUAGAUGAAAUAGCCUUUAGUUCACCGACGGAAGCUGGUUUAACUCUGGCUAAAAAGUUCUCAGGACGUGAAGAUUUUUUAGUUUUUCAAGAAGCUUAAUUUUAUAAUACCAAAUAUAAUGUAUAUAGGAAUGAAAUGAAUUUUAUAUUGAUUUUUUUUUAAUAUGCCGUUUAUUGGCACAG